UAAAAAAUCACCACAUCAUAUCUAACUUGGUUAGGAUCAUACUUCCAUGGAAAUGGAACACCCUACAUUUCAUCCAAUCCACCAAAACUGCUCUCUCUUGAGGAGAAAGAAUAAUGGGAGAGGGGGCUACCGUGGCGUGAGGAUGAGGCCAUGGGGCACUUACGCGGCUGAGAUAAGAGAUCCAAUUACCAAGCGCAGGUAUUGGCUUGGCACCUUCGCCACCCCCGAAGAAGCGGCUUGUGCUUAUGACCGAGCUGCUAUAUACAUGCAUGGUUGUAAGGCCAAAACCAACAUCCUCUGUCGAUCCUUCCAUCCACCGGACCAUGAUUAUUUCAUCCAUUCCUCACGUUCUCAGUCCAAGUGUCUUCGUAACCACCAAAAGGAUAAACAUAUCUUCUCCGUCGGGAACCGAAUGCAGCGCCAACAACCCAUCGAUCAACACUCCGCCACCCCAUCUUUGACGCCAAAUUGGAUCCCUAUUGCCCCAUCUCCUCCCCCGGUUGGAGUUGCUUGGGCCGAGGAAACCGCUCUCUCUGGCACCGAUACUACUGUGGACUUGGAAACCCCAUCUCUGACGCCAAAUUGGAUCCCUAUUAAUGCACCAUCUCCUCCCCCAGUUGGAGUUGAUUGGGCCGAGGAAACCGCUCUCUCAGGCGCCGAUACCGUGGACUUGGAAACCCCAUCUUUCACGCCAAAUUGGAUCCCUACUGCCCCAUCUCCUCCCCCGUUUGGAGUUGCUUGGGCCGAUGAUACUUCUGGCUCCGGAUUACUCCAGGAAGUCAUUGAGGCAUUUCUUGGAAAAAGCGCCAGGGAAUAAUUCCACCUCUUAGCACUAUUAUUAAUUAUUAAUUAGUGACGAUCCUGCUCCGAACGAACAAACGCUGUUGUAUAAUAUCUUUGUUCGUGUAACAGAAGACGAAGAAGAAUUAAGGUGAUACUAGUGCUCUUCGAUCUUCUGUUAUCGUGGCUUAAUUGAUGCAGUUGAUGGUGCUUCACGGGUGGUUAUGAAGCUGCUGCUCAUUGAUGGACCACAACCAUCCACAAGUCGGCCACUCCGUCAGUCGACUCGUCUCGCUGCUCGCUUGUCCCAUACAUUUAAUAUAAAUUCAUCUUAAUU